UUAAGUCAGUGGCUGCGCCCGGAGCGAACUUUUUUCCAGCACCGCGAGGCUGGAAGUGCCCGAGGGUGGGGGGAGCCCGGGCGCCCGCGGCCAGCACCGGGCGGGAGGAGGCGCCGCGCGUGCGGUCCGGCCCGGGACCCGGCGACCGGGACCGAGGACGCCCGGGGAAAGCGGGAGCCGCAGGUCCGGGGAGCGCGCCCCGCGAGCGCCCGCCAGCCGCCCCUCGCCUCUGCGCGGCUGGGACGUCGUUGGGGGGCUGUGUGCGUUCCGGGGUCCCCGACGGGUGCUCCCCCCGCGGCCACCCCGCUGCGCGCGCCCGCGUCCCCAGCCCCACCAGUCCCGAAGACGGUGUGGUCAUGGUGGCUGAAGGUGCCACCCCGCAGGACGACGAUGGCACUUCGUCGCAGGAGUCCGCGCUCCGCCCGCACCCUAGCGCCUCCGACCACCCCGCGGUCUCCAUGCACCCCAGCGCCUCCGACCCCCGCAGCGUCUCCAUCCACUCCAGCGACUCGGCGCACCGGAGCAGUUCUGCCCAGCUUAGUGCCUCGGCGCAGCCGCUGGGCCUGGUCCCCACCGCCAGCAGCCCCGAGAACCUCAGCGUGAUCAAGGUGAGCAAGCGCCGCUGGGCGGUGGUCUUGGUGUUCAGCUGCUACUCCAUGUGCAACGCCUUCCAGUGGAUCCAGUACAGCUCCAUCAGCAACAUCUUCAUGCGCUUCUACGGCGUCAGCGCCUUUGCCAUCGACUGGCUGUCCAUGUGCUACAUGCUGACCUACAUCCCGCUGCUCCUGCCCGUGGCCUGGCUGCUGGAGAAGUUUGGCCUGCGUACCAUCGCGCUCACCGGCUCGGCGCUCAACUGCCUGGGCGCCUGGGUGAAGCUAGGCAGUCUGAAGCCCCAUCUCUUCCCCGUCACCGUGCUGGGCCAGAUCAUCUGCUCCGUGGCCCAGGUCUUCAUCCUGGGCAUGCCCUCCCGCCUCGCUUCCGUCUGGUUCGGGGCCAAUGAGGUCUCCACCGCCUGCUCUGUGGCUGUCUUUGGCAAUCAGCUUGGAAUUGCGAUUGGGUUUUUGGUCCCUCCUGUUCUGGUGCCCAAUAUCGAUGACCAAGAACAACUUGCCUACCACAUCAGCGUCAUGUUCUACAUCAUAGGAGGUGUGGCCACUCUGCUUUUCAUCCUUGUCAUCAUCGUGUUCAAGGAGAAGCCGAAAUAUCCCCCCAGCAGGGCACAGUCCAUGAGCUAUGCCUUGGCCUCCCCAGAUGAUUCGUACCUAAGUGCCAUCGUCCGACUCUUCAAGAACCUCAACUUUGUGCUGCUUGUCAUCACCUACGGUCUGAAUACCGGUGUGUUUUAUGCCUUAUCCACUCUGCUGAACCGUGUGGUGAUCGCACACUUCCCGGGGGAAGAAGUGAAUGCUGGGAGAAUCGGCCUGACCAUCAUCAUUGCGGGGAUGUUUGGGGCCAUGAUUGCAGGACUCUGGCUGGACAGGUCUAAAACCUACAAGGAGACCACCCUGGCGGUGUAUAUCAUGGCUGUGGUGGGCAUGGUGGUGUACACAGUGACCCUGGACCUGAAACACCUGUGGGUGGUGUUCGUCACUGCCGGCACCUUGGGCUUCUUCAUGACGGGCUACCUCCCGCUGGGGUUUGAGUUUGCCGUGGAGUUGACCUACCCUGAGUCUGAAGGCAUCUCCUCAGGCCUCCUCAACGUGUCUGCCCAGGUAUUCGGGAUCAUCUUCACCAUCUCCCAGGGCCAAAUCAUCGACCACUACGGGACCAUGUCCGGGAACAUCUUCCUGUGCGUGUUCCUCACGCUCGGUGCUUUCCUCACCGUUUUCAUUAAGGCAGAUCUCCGGAGACAGAAAGUGAGCAAAGAAACUCCUGAGAGUAAACUCCAGGAGGGUGAGGAGGAGGCGGCGGUGGAGGAGGUGAGCAUCGACAAAGCGCCCAUUGCUGGUUCCGAGGAGCACUUCUGAGGAGCACCGGUGGUCAGGCCACGACUCAGGCACACAGAGAACAGCUGCCCCUCGGCUGAGGAGCCCCCUCACUGCCCGCGCUGGAGUAUCUGUGGCCCGCAGGGCGGUGUCUCUGCCUCCUGGAAGCCCCUCGAGGGCGGCCGGGGGCCUGGCGGUGGAGAAUGGCACCUUUCACCAAAUGCAGAUGCCCUGUCCUCCCCCGGGGCUGCAGGGGGGCUGGAGGCCUUGGACUCCUGGACUCGGACCCUGCCUCCCGCACCUGUCCCUCGUGGAGAAAGCCUGCCAAAUUAUCGUGAAAAGAGAGUUUAUUCAGGAGAUUAACUUUUCUAGUGUCUCCAUGGCCUCAGGAGCCUCUGGGCCCAGAGCAGGCGGCAGCUGUGCUGGACGAGGGUCAUUCUUGGGGCUCCAGCCGAGCCACUGAAUAUCUGUGAGAGAGAAAGACCCUCCCCCCAUUCCACACCCCCCCCACCCCGCCCCUUUAGCACCAACCCUUUUGAGGGUGGUGGCCUUACACAGGGGUCUGUCUCCAAACCUGCAAACAUCAAUAAACUGGACAAACACUCUUGUGGCCAAUCUGAGGGAGAAAUGGGCUUGGGAGCGUGAACCUCCCGGGGCGAUGUCCUCGCACGGGCCGGACGGGGGUGCUCCUCUGCCUCUUUCUCGUGUUAGUCCCUGCCCAGGCCUCCCGCACCGCCUCCCUCGGACUCCUUACCUCACACUGCUCCGAGGCCUCAGUGGCCGGCCCGCGCGCCCAUGUCCCUGGGAGAGAGGCCAGUGCAGCCCACUUCCGGCCACCUCGACUCACGGCUCUCCUAGAGUCACUCCAAGGCUGCUUUGAGAGAAGGUGGCCAAGAGCGGGAUGGGAACGGAGGCCACUUGGCUGGUGUGUACCCCACCUCUCUCGGGGACGCCCCCUUCAGUGUGUGGGAGCCAACCACAUCUCACUCGCUGUCUGGCUUUCCUCCUAAGAAGACAUCUAGGUCCCUUCUGGAUGUUGGCACUCUGGUCACGGCCUCCCUGCUGGGGUUUCAUCUCCCCUGCCCACCCCAGCGCUUCUGGCUCAUACUUCUGGGUGGUGGUGGUGGUGGUGGGGUGCCAGGGGGAGAGGUGUAAAACGCUCCCCACUCUGGGUCAUGGUGAAAGGUGUUUGCUCUUCAGCCCCUUCAAUUGUACUAGCAAAAGGUUUACCGAAUCCCUUGUUUUAAGAAACACGAUUUGUAUUUUCUAUUGGUAAUAGAUGUUUUAGGGCAAUAAAAGAUUCUCCACAGGGCUCGGCCUGUUCCCUGGUGAGGCGGGAACGGCAUACCACAUGCAGGGACGGGGCCCAGCUCGGAAGACUGAG